GUGUCCGUUAGGUUGAAAACUCUGAAACUGUCUACGUCUCUCCAGGAGGCAUUGGCUCAAACCAUGAUGGACAUUUAACAUAACAUCAAAAGAGAAGACAUCCUUCGAAUCCCAACCGGGUUUUUUUUUCCAUCUAUAAGAUCAUAGGAAGCCAGAAGAAAGCUCAAUUGUUUCUGCAUUUUUUUCUUCACAAGAGGCAAAGCUUUUUUAUCUCUGUAGAUUACGAUUUUGUAUAGAUUCAGAAGGAAAAGAAGAGAUGAGUAAUAGAGAUGAUACGGAAGAGGGAAGGAAUGAUCUUCGGAGACCGUUCUUACACACCGGAAGCUGGUACCGGAUGGGUUCUAGACAAUCUAGCAUGUUGGAAUCCUCUCUAAUUAUUCGAGACAGCUCCAUUUCUGUCUUAGCUUGUGUCUUGAUCGUUGCCCUUGGUCCUAUUCAAUUCGGUUUCACUUGUGGUUAUUCGUCUCCAACUCAAGCUGCUAUUACUAAGGAUCUUGGCUUAACUGUAUCAGAGUACUCUGUGUUUGGGUCUCUGUCCAAUGUGGGUGCUAUGGUUGGCGCAAUUGCAAGUGGUCAGAUUGCAGAAUACAUGGGGAGAAAAGGAUCUCUGAUGAUUGCUGCAAUUCCCAAUAUUAUUGGCUGGCUCACGAUAUCAUUCGCAAAAGACACUUCUUUUCUUUACAUGGGAAGACUGUUAGAAGGUUUCGGCGUUGGGAUCAUCUCUUAUACGGUGCCUGUAUAUAUAGCCGAGAUCGCUCCACAGAACAUGAGAGGAGCCUUAGGUUCCGUAAACCAGCUUUCUGUAACCGUUGGGAUAAUGUUGGCAUAUCUACUCGGUCUCUUUGUUCCAUGGAGAAUUCUUGCAGUUUUGGGAGUAUUGCCAUGUACAUUAUUGAUACCAGGCCUUUUCUUCAUUCCUGAAUCCCCUCGGUGGCUGGCAAAGAUGGGCUUGACAGAUGAUUUUGAAACUUCGUUGCAAGUUCUUCGUGGAUUUGAUACUGAUAUUACCAUUGAGGUUAAUGAAAUCAAGAGAUCUGUGGCCUCAUCUGGCAAACGUUCUGCAAUUCGGUUUGUGGACCUCAAGCGUAGGAGAUACUAUUUCCCAUUGAUGGUUGGUAUUGGACUGCUUGUACUUCAACAGCUUGGAGGAAUUAACGGUGUCUUGUUCUAUUCGAGUACAAUUUUUGCAUCUGCAGGGGUCUCAUCGAGUAAUGUGGCAACAUUUGGAGUUGGUGCUGUUCAGGUAGUGGCCACUGCAGUAGCGACAUGGUUGGUGGAUAAAUCAGGUCGCAGACUUCUGCUCAUGAUCUCUUCUAUAGGGAUGACGAUUAGCCUGGUGAUUGUAGCAGUCGCAUUUUACCUUAAGGAAUUUGUAUCACCUGAUUCCAAUAUGUUCAGCGUUCUAAGCAUGGUUUCUGUUGUUGGAGUUGUGGCUAUGGUUAUUUCUUGCUCUCUAGGAAUGGGACCAAUUCCAUGGCUGAUUAUGUCUGAGAUUCUUCCAGUGAAUAUAAAAGGUUUAGCCGGAAGUAUAGCAACUUUAGCCAACUGGUUUGUCUCCUGGUUAGUCACAAUGACUGCAAAUAUGCUCUUAGCUUGGAGCAGUGGGGGAACUUUCACUCUCUAUGCUUUGGUCUGUGGAUUCACUGUAGCAUUUGUGAGUCUUUGGGUUCCUGAGACUAAAGGCAAAACUCUUGAAGAGAUUCAAGCAUUAUUCAGAUGAUUCUAGACAAGGAGAAAAAGACAUACAACAUACAUUUUUCACUUUUGUUUUUGGCCAUUACAGAUCAUUCUUUUGUCCUUCUCUUUGUCUUUUAUUUCAGGCUUUGUUCAGCAUGUUUUCCACCAAUUAUUUUGCAAAUUCAAUAAUGAAAUAUAUAAUUUUUGAUC